GUUAUUGUUGGAGAGCAUAAAGAGGGUGUCGGUAGAGGAACGGAACGGUACAGUACAGAACGGCAAGGUGCAGUAGUGUAAGAUGCAGCCGUUACAGGAAGACGGCGAACGUCCAGCACCGGAUCCACUCGCGGCUCCGGACGAUACCAACAACAACAACAACAACAAGGACUACGACGACUACUCUCCCGCUCACACACAUCUCAAAACGUACACGGCGGGAGAAGACAAAUCGCGACUCCAACAAGCGGCUCGGGAACUCGGACUUCGUCAAGCUCGUCAGCCGCGACGGCAAGUCCGCAAGGUCCACGACUUUCACCAGAACCCCGUAUCCAUACAGGCUUUCUGGAAUGCUCUCUGGAACUCGGCGACGGAAGACGCGCGCAUGCGAGCCGUCUAUGUCCCACCGCACUACGAUGCCCAAGGAAUGCUGCUCGGGGAUUACUACCACGACAACAUCGACGACGACGAUUACUUCUUCCGACACGCCCCGUCGCAGCCCGAUACGGAACUCGGACCCUCCCGACCUCCCUUGUCGUCUUCGUCCGCCGUAGAUUCACACGGUGAACCACUCGGCGGGGGAAAUUUGACCGCUGCCGUCCUCGGAAUCGUCAAAGGCAUGGUCGGUCCGGCGAUCUUGUAUCUACCCCACGGAUUCGCCACCGCCGGAUACCUAGUAGCUCUCCCUAUCGUCAUGGUUUGUACCCUGCUCUUUUUGUACUCCUCCCGCUGUCUACUGGAUGCCUGGAAGAUCGAACAGGAAAAAGUAUCGCCACCGCAAUCUCGAGAAAGUGACACAUCGUCCUCCAACGAACGUACCGCACUACUCCCACAUCACCGUCCACGGCAGUUCUUGUCCUACCCGGAACUCGCCUACCGAGCUCUCGGACCUUCCGGAGAACGGACCGUCCAACUCGGAAUCGCACUCAUGCAAUCCGGCGUCUGUUUGACCUACCUCAUAUUCGUACCACAAAAUCUACACUCCUCCUGGUUGCACCUCACCAAUCAGUCCGUCGCGCCCUCCUACUGGUUGAUUGUCAUGUUGGGUGUCCAGGUACCUCUUUCCUGGAUACGGGAUAUUCGCAAAUUUACACCCACCAAUUUGCUCGCCAACGGACUCAUCCUUUACGGACUCGUCACCUGCAUUGGCUUUGCUCUGGACGAAGCCUCACAACCCUGGCAACCGGUUGCGGCUGUUGUGGACCCGGCAGCCGUCCACGACAGUCCCUGGGCCAAUAUUGGACAACAUUUCGCAGCCCUGCAACCGUGGGCUGCCGACUGGUUCCUCUUUGUCGGUACCAGUGUCCUGCUUUUUGAAGGAUCCAUUACGCUCCUGGUGCCGCUGCAGGAAGCCGUGGAUGACGAACAGCAACGUGCCCAAUUCCCGGCCGUCUACCAACGCGUGAUUCUCAGUAUUGUUGGCUUUUACGUCGUCUUUGGCCUGACCUGCUGGAUGGCCUUUGGUCCCGACGUGCAAACCGUCUUGACAACCUCGCUGCCCAACACCAACCUCGCCACGACCGUGCAACUGGCGUACUCAGUCGCCGUCUUGCUCACAUUUCCGUUACAAAAUUUCCCUGCUCUAGAAAUUGCCUGUCGCGGAAUCCAAUCACAAGUCCGCAAACGUACGCAUCUGGCAGUUUCCCGGAACGUGACGAGUUCUGUCCUGGUCUGUUUGCUCGGUGCCGUGGCUGUCUGGACCAUGGAUGAUCUCGACAAGGUCGUAUCGCUUAUGGGAUCACUUUUGGGUUGUCCGAUUGCCUUUUGUUUUCCACCGCUGAUUCAUUCGCGCCUCGAUCCCAAUCUAUCGAUCCAGCGAUUGUGGGCCAACCGGAUUGUGGCCGGCUUGGGUGUCGUCGCCAUGGUACUGGCGUCCGCCGUGACACUCAUUACGUGGUAGACAGAGCAUUGUCGCGCGACGCAGGCCAGUGGAUUUA